UACCACAGCGAUGGCGCGGUCAUCAUGCCCAUGCGAAACUGGAUGCGUGAAGGUGACGGCCAUGAGCUGUGGAACACAGUCAGACGCCUCAAUAUGCAGCAAUGGGACAGAGGCAGAACUGCCAUCUUAAAUAACAAAGGAAUUCAAAUGGCUGGUGCUGCCGUCCUGCAGGGGAGAUUCGGCUGUGAGAUCGAGCUAAACCCGAAUUUAAAAAUUACGAGGACCUUUGCACAGUUCGGAUGGAAUGGAGAAGACUUCCUGUCCUUCAACUUCUCCAGGCAAAAGUGGGAGGCUUCACUGGGAUCUGCUGUCCCAAUUGAAACCAAGUGGAACAGUGACACGGACAUCAUCAAAAAUAUCACAUUCUACUUAGACUUCCUCUGCGUGAGACAUGUGAUGAGAAGUUCGUCCUACGAAGAAAAAGAGAGCCAGGAGACACCUCAGCCCACUGCUGCAUUAUUCGCUAAGAGAUACCCGAACACUGGGAAGGUUAUUCUUACCUGCCUAGUUUCAGGAUUUCGCUGCAUUAACAUGACGGUGGGGUUUUAUCGGGAUGAAGACAUCUUGGCUGAAAAAGAUGGCCUUUUGUCCACUGGGAUCAGACCGAACGGGGAUGGGACCUGCCAGCUGAGAAAGAGCUUGGACAUCUCAAACAGUACUGAGGAGUCCUAUAGCUGUGGAGUCCAUUUUGGAAAUCUGACGGUCAAAUGGGACGGGAAGAUAUGGGACCUGGCUGUAGACCAUAGCAAGAGGCAUCACUACUGGUUACUAUGGUUACUAGCACCUAUAGUGCUUUUCAUUUUGAUGCUGAUGCUCAUAUGGUUCACAGCUGUGAAACAGGACAAAUUCACCACGGAAGUGUGACCCUCGCAUCUUAUCUUGCAGUCACACUGAGGGAAUUGACUGUGACAAC